UGUCGUGUCUUUCGCCCUAUGACCUGCCACGUACACCCCCGCCCACUUUAAUCUCCUGAAAACCUUUAUGCCUUUCCAAGAAGAUCAUGCUUUGCUUUGCUCUCCGGACGCCAACUGCCCGACCCAUUUUCACUUCAAAAGCUUCUCUCAACGUUCAGCGGUAACAGGGAGAAGGAGAAGCUAUCAGUCAUGGAGGUUCCAGGAGGAUUCUUGGCAAAGUCAUGGAGCUUCCUUUCCUUCCUGCCCUUCUUCUUCUUGCUCUUCCUUCUCGGCCUCCUCAAAGCGGCGGUUAUCGGUCCGGUCGUAGUAUGCAUCAUUGGGGCAGGGAACUCGGCUGUCGCAGUGGGGAUGUGGCUAGCCCACGUAGUGUGGACCUACUUCUGCGUGGCACGAACCAAGAGGCUCGGGCUGAUACUGAAGGUCCUGGUCUUGCUCUUGUUGCCGGUGCCCCUCGUUCUCUGGCCGGUGGUCGGGAUUCUCGGGAGCCUCCUGGGUGCGGUAGGUUACGGGGUGUUCGCUCCGGUUAUAGCGACUUUCGAAGCUGUCGGAGAGAACGUGACAGACAAAUUCUAUCACUGCUUUGCUGAUGGUUUUUGGUCCACAAUCGAAGGGAGCUGCACCGUGGUGCGGGACUUCACCGAUUUCUGCUUCCACUCGUACUUCUCAUUCAUGGACGAACUGAGAGAGAACUUACCAGCCAACGAGAAGCCCGUGGACGUGAAGUUAUCAAAAUUACCGAGCUGUCUGUUAGCGAGCACAGUAGGCAUUCUAGUUGAUGUUAUGCCGAUCACAGGCAUAGCCCUGUGGAAAAGCCCAUACAUGCUAUUCAGAGGUUGGAAGAGGUUGCUUGAGGACUUGAUCGGCCGGGAGGGACCGUUUCUGGAGACGGUCUGCGUCCCAUUUGCAGGCCUUGCAAUCUUGCUGUGGCCUCUAGCUGUUGUGGGUGCUGUGUUGGCUUCUUUUAUUUCCAGCUUCUUCCUUGGGCUCUACAGUGGAGUUAUUGUUCAUCAGGAAGAUUCUUUUUUGAUGGGAUUGGCAUAUAUCAUUGCGAUCGUCUCGAUGUUUGAUGAGUAUGUGAAUGACAUGCUCUACUUGAGAGAAGGGUCGUGCUUGCCGAGGCCCGUCUACAAUAGAAAUUUGAAGCCUGGGGUCGAGAAGGAAGGUGGAGGUUCCACUGACAGAAAUGAAUUCAAGAGUAUCCAGAGGGAAGGUUCGCUCAAUGCCAUUCUUCCAUCGCAGCAGUCGAGGACAUUGAAGUGGAAAAUUCAACAGUACAAGCCGGUGCAAGUUUGGGAUUGGUUGUUUAAAUCGUGUGAAGUAAACGGUAGGAUUUUCCUCCGUCAAGGUUUGAUCGAUAACAAGGACAUCGAGGAGUGUAUAGUGAGGGGAAACUGCAAGAAGUUGGGUAUCAAGCUUCCCGCAUGGACCAUUUUACAGUGCCUGCUAGCUUCAGCAAAGCUUAACUCGUCAGGGUUGCUGAUCUCUGAUGAUGUGGAGCUCACAAGGAUGAACAGCCCGAGGGACAGAGUGUUUGAGUGGUUCCUUGGACCGUUAUUGAUAAUGAAAGAGCAGAUCAAGGGUCUUGGAUUGAGCGAAGAUGAAGAGAUGUGCCUGAGAAAGAUAGUUAUGAGGUACAAGAAUGAGAAGCCCGAGGACUGGGACGACACAGGAUUCCCAUUUAGGGAUAACAUCAGAAGAGCACAGCUGCAAGCUAUAAUACGAAGAUUACAGGGAAUGGUAGCUUCAAUGUCUCGGUUACCGACCUUCAGGCGGCGAUUCAGGAACCUGGUGAAAAUGCUGUAUGCGGAAGCUGUCCAAGCCAUUGCAUCGGACAACCGUAUGGGAGUAGUGAUACCUGUCGAGGGUGACAAGAACCCAAAGGAAGCAGAGCAGAGCCCACAAGGAGCAGCCAUUGUCUGAUAGUCUUGCCGAGGAUUGUUUCCCCUUUAGUUUGCUUUGCCUUGCACUUAAAACCGUUUCGUUUCCUUCUGUAUAUAUUUGGUUGUAUGAUAAGUCACAGAAAUGUCGAUAUGCAGAAUUUGCUCUUCAAUACCAAAA